AUGGAUGACCGAUCGACCGGGGCGUCUGGCACGCCGUCCCCUCAGCCAGACCUGCAUCGAAACCGACUCCCGACACUCUUCGAGGUUCUGAGCCGUCGGACGCUGCCCCCUGUUGACCUGUUCUCGUUCUACAUCUUUAUGAGAGACCAACAAAAAUCGGUCGAUUAUCUCGAUUUCUGGCUCGAUGUUGCUCAGCACAUGUCCCUCUGCCGCCACUAUGUUCGCGAGCUUCGAAGAUCCGUCCUCAUUGGUACGCCCGACCUCGACAAGGCCGGUUCCAAGCGGUCUUCUGCCAUCCUCGAUGGCCUCGGCGAUAUGAGCCACGCGGCCGCCGGCCCGUCGAUGUAUGCUACCGAGAAGGAGAAGAACCAGGACGCCCAGAUGUCUGCGUACCUCCGCGAAGAGGCGCACGAAUCGUCGCCUCAGAGCAGCACCGAGCCCCGCAGACCCAGCGCCGCAUUCUCUCACACGCGGGAUCUGACGACCGACUCCAACUCCCCCGCCAACGCCGUCGCGAGAAACGACAUCCGCGCGUCUGCGGAGAAGAUUCUCUACACGUUUCUGCUCCCCGGCGCCGAGCGCGAGAUCAUUCUUCCCGGCUCCAUUACCCAGGACGUCACCACCGCCAUCGAGGAGUUUGGCAGAGAUGACCCCGAGGUUUUCGACGUUGCCAAGGACUACGUCUUCCAGGCCAUGGAGCGGGACGCCUUCCCCAACUUUCUGAGGAUGAAGGCCCUGGGCAAUCUCAUCCCUACCACCCUCCAGAUCAGGAUGAUUGUUGGUCUCCUGUCAAUGUUUGGCGGGUUCUGGGCUGCUUUCAUUCUCAUUUUCCUCAAUGCCGCUCGUACCACCAGAUGCUGGGUGAUCCUCCCUUUCACCUUUGGUGUCUACUUCCUCGCUUCCUACCAAUACUCAUUGGAUCCUGUCCUUGCUCUCAUCGGCCUGAGCGAGUACACACCGUUCAACUUCUCCAGGAUUCGUGAGCCCUACGUCCGUAAGCUCCUUGCCAAGCGGGCCAUCAUGGUCCUUGCUGUCACUCUCUUGAUUGAUGCUGCACUUUGUGUGCUCUUCAUCCUUGUCCCAGGCAAGCGUCUCUGA